GUAGUGAUGUUGACCAACCACCCAAAGUCAUCCAGACAUCCGAAUGUCCACGAGGUUACUCACGGUCUUCCGUACUUCAAGGAGAAGAAUAUGAACAUGUUUGACGUCAGGAAAGACCUGACACAUUUAGUGAAAGAGUUGCCAGCCAUCGCCAGGGAAAUGUAUCACGUUCCAGCCGUGAAGGAUCUCUACCGGAGAAGGAAAGAGUUUGACCUCAUGUUAAUCGACUUCUUGUUCAAUGACAUGGCGUAUCCAUUCGUGCAUGAGGUUCCAUUCGUGUCCGUACUAGCAACAGCGGUCAACGUACGUCAGGCAGCAAUCAUGGGCAAUGUUUACAACCCAGCUUACGUAACAAACAUCUUAUUCCCGUACGCCAUCCCGAUGACGCCCUGGCAGAAGUUCCUCAACACACUUAUUCUCAUAUUUCAAGCCUUGUAUUUGAAGUCAUGGGUGUAUUUACCCCUGGUUCAAAAAGAGAUCUCUGCGCAGUUCCCGGAGCUGCCUCCGCUGUUGGACCUGGAGAGGAACAUGAGUCUGGCACUGAUCAACACCCACUUUAGUAUUGAUAUACCACUGCCCCUUCUGCCCUCACAGGUAGAGGUGGGCGGCAUGCACUGUCGACCCGCUAGCCCUCUGCCCCAGAAUCUGGAGUCAUGGAUCACAGGGGCGGGGUCUGCUGGCGUCAUCUACUUUAGUUUGGGCUCCAUAACGCAAGGCACCGAUAUGCCAGUCCAGUACCGCAACUUCUUCAUCGAGGCCUUCCGCAGGCUGCCGCAGCGCGUCAUCUGGAAAUACGAAGGUGUAAUUGAGAACCUCCCUGACAACGUGAUGACCAACAUGUGGCUUCCCCAGCAGGAUAUUCUCGCCCACGACAACGUCAAGGUGUUCAUCACACACUGUGGUCUGAUGGGUCUGCAGGAGGCCGUCUAUCACGCCACGCCCCUCCUCGCCCUCCCUGUGUUCGGAGACCAGCCCAGGAAUGCUCUCAUAGUGAGGGACUUUCGUCUGGGGCGAACUCUGGUGUGGGAGGAAAUCACUGUUGACAUGAUUGUCAACGCUCUCAUCGAUAUCAUCAACGACCCCAAGUUG